AUGUCUACUACCGUGACGGAGACGAAGAAAAACACCAAUGGCCAGGCCAACGGAAAUGAGAGUGUUUCUAUAAGACUCACUGCUCCAGUGAAGACUGUACCACUCAAGUUAUCUGGAGUCCUCGAUGGUUACGCACGCAAAGAGAUCACUCCGGUGAUAGGCACUGAGUUCAUUGAUGCCAACGUUGUGGAUAUGCUGCAUGCUCCCAACGCUGAUGAACUCCUCCGCGACCUUGCCAUUAUGGUUUCGCAGCGUGGGUUCUGCGUCUUCCGCCAUCAGUCCAAUCUGAGCAUUGCGGAUGAGAAGCUGUUAUGCCACCGCAUUGGUCAGCUUACUACGCGCCCCUAUACUUCGAGCCUUUACAUCCACCCAGUCAAUCAGAUGGAGCUUGAAGAUGGCUCAGUUGAUCCUGAAGUCAUGUCUCCAUCGCGCAGCACUAAGAAGAAACUGUACACUCGCGAAGGUGGUUACUCCAAGGGCAGCGAGCGCAAUCAGAGCCGUGCCGAUGGAUGGCACACAGAUGGUAGCUUUGAAAAUGUGCCACCUGACUACACGUUGCUGCACAUGGUCAAAGUCCCUGUCGAAGGGUCCGGUGGAGACACCAUGUUUGCCAGCGCGUAUGAGGCGUAUGAUUUACUGAGCCCACCGAUGAAGAAGUUUCUCGAGGGCAUAAGCGCUACAUUUAUGCCCUGGGACCACAAGCCUGAGAACAUCAUCGACCACAUGUGGAAGGGCACCCGUGGUGCACCCGAGAACCAAGGUCCAGAGCUUAGGGCUUCUCAUCCGUGCAUCCGCACUAACCCUGUUACCGGCUGGAAGUCCCUUUUUGCGUUUGGACAUCACCUUGAGGAGUUUGAGGGCCUGGGAGAUGUUGAGAAUCGCAUGAUGAAGGAGUUUGUGCAGAGACUCAUCACAGAAAACCAUCAAUUGCAGGCGAGGGUGCGCUGGGAGCAGGAUGACCUCGUAAUCUGGGAUAACCGAGCUGUCUACCACAGUGCCACCUACGACUACGGUGGUAUUACCGGUGGCAAGCGCAUCGGUAACCGGGUUUGCGGUGUCGGUGAGAUCCCGUACUUGGAUCCUCGCUCUUCUGGACGCCGAUAUGCCUUGGGCAUGGACUACCUUGCUUAGAUUUGAUUAGUGACA